CCAUCAAUCAAGAGUGGGACAACAGCGUCGCAAUUGUUGCCCAAUACACCCGUCUUGACUUGGCUUUUCACUCCGAUACUGUUUUCAUCUUCAUUUUACCCUGAGCAGCCAGAGACAAAGAGAGAAGAAAGACUCCACUCCAUCCUUGGGGAAAAAGUGCACUGAACCACAAACACCACCACCAUCACCACCAUAAAAGCAAUAUAACUCCAUAAUGGCCUCCAAACGCUCCCGAGACGAAUCCAACACGGAAGAAAAGCGCCCUGCGACCGAUGCGCCAGUCAAAAAGAGAAAGGGCUUCUCCGUCGGCCCUGCCAAUCUGCCCGAUGGCACUUAUCGUCGCAAAGCCCAAAAGAUCAAGUCCGAUCUGAUCCAAAAAGCCAAAGUCAAGAAAGCCUAUGCCAAGAUCCGCGCCGAAGAGCUGGCGGCCGCGCCUCCCAAGCCCAUCUACACGGCCGACCAAGAUGAUGCGGAGAACGCCAGCAAGGAGGAGGAGGUCGAGCCGGCGUCAUUGGAACUUCACCCGGACCGAAUGGCUAUGUUGAACGAGCCCGAACCGGAACCCGCGCCCAAGCCCCAACACCAACAACGAUCGUCGGACAAUCGCGAUGCUCGCGGCCGUCGGGUCCGGAAACCCAAGCCGUCUGCUUUUGCCAAGGAGAUGGAGUUGGCUGAGAGACGGAAGAAGGAGGCUGAGAGGCGGAGGGAGGAGCGGGAGUUCCGCCAGAAGGACCGGGAGGCUAUGGCUCGGGCUAAAAAGCCGGACCACAGCGGGAAGAGGAGAUUGGGCAGGGAGAGUAAGGUGCUGUUGAAUCGGGUGCAACGGGCGGUUGGUCAGGCUUAAAGAAAGAGUCGGAGCUGGUAAAAUAAGGGGACGAACUGGAUUGAUGAAGGAGCAAUAAUGGUCCAAAAUAUGAUACCCGCGAACUUACGAUACAGUUCGAUUGAUUGAUUUUCACAUCCUGGGGCCCAUGCAUCUACAAAAAUGUAUGUCUGUGGAGGGUGCUUCAAACUCAUAUACAUAGUUAAAAUAGCUAGUC